AUGCCAGCCCCUCUGGAGACCUGCCUCUCAGACCUCGACUGCGCCAGCAGCAGCAGCGACCUAUCCGGUUUCCUCACCGACGAGGAGGGCUGUGCCAGGCUCCAACCGUCAACUUCUUCCUCGGGGCCGCCUGUGCCCGCCCGCAGGGGCACACCCGGGAUUCCCGGGGCGUCCAACACUGCGCGGGCACAGGACGACGAGCAGGAGCGGCGGCGGCGCAGGGGCCGCGCACGGGUGCGCUCCGAGGCGCUGCUACACUCACUUCGCAGGAGCCGGCGUGUCAAGGCCAACGACCGAGAGCGCAACCGCAUGCACAACUUGAACGCGGCGCUAGACGCGCUGCGCAGCGUGCUGCCCUCCUUCCCCGACGACACCAAACUCACCAAGAUCGAGACACUGCGCUUCGCCUACAACUACAUCUGGGCUCUGGCCGAGACCCUGCGCCUGGCAGACCAGGGGCUGCCCGGGGGCGGUGCCCGGGAGCGCCUUUUGCCGCCGCAGUGCGCCCCCUGCCUGCCUGGGCCCCCAAGCCCGGCCAGCGAUGCAGAGUCCUGGGGCUCUGGUGCUACCGCCUCCCCAUGCGCCGCAGCCUCCUCUCCACUCUCUGACCCCAGCAGCCCUGCCACCUCCGAAGACUUCUCCUUCGGUCUCGGAGACCCUCUUUUCUCCUUCCCAGGCCUGCCCAAAGACUUAAUCCAUACAACGACGCCCUGUUUCAUCCCUUACCACUAG